ACGCAGGCGCAUACGAGCGACCACGAGGUCUGGCUGGCUGCGGCAAGUACCAGCAGACAUCGGCCGCCAGUGGGCAACCGGUUAUGAUUGCAAGAUUCAUUUACACAGUCGUUCUGGAACCUCGCCCGCCUCCAUCUUAACCUCCAGUCCUUGCUCUCACCUAGACAAGCACAUCCCCGUUCGGACCAUUACCCGGCCAUUUCUUUGACUGCACUAGCAACCACAACUACAACAGACGCAAGUCGAGACGUUCAAGUUGGAACUCGACCCUGUGAGUCUCGAUUUCGAGCCGACGGCGUCCUUUCUCGACACCGCGACCGAGAUCUGUAUCUCCGAACUGGUAUGGCCCGAUACGCUGACGCCCUUAAGUUCGGAUCCUCAGACACAUAUUUCUACAUUGCCUGCUUCCGAUUGCAGCAGUCAGAUAAAUAGCAGUUUCUCCGCCAGACCUAUUCUGCACCCUUCCUAUCAAAUAUCUUCUCUACCUUUCUCUGCGCACUCUUCUCAAUAUUCUUAUUCCAGGUUUAAGCAUUCUUGCUCCGUAAGGUCAAUCGCCAAACCUCAGCCGCCUGCCAACUUAUCGCUCUCGCCCCCUCUAGCAGAUCGAAGUAGGCCGCCACUGAGUGGUAAAGACACCAGAAAGUUAGUUGUGGGAGCUUCGAUGGCGGAGAAUCUAAUCGAACUUGGCCUGGAAGGUUUUGAUCGGCUCGUGGACAAAUACCAUGACCGAGCAUAUGACACUGCAACCGACAGUGCGGGAAAAGUAUGGAAAAAGGUUCACCUUCCCGGCCGUCAAAAGUCCGUCUAUGUAGAGCAGAACCCAAAUAAAGGCGAGAGGGCCGAGAUAUAUGAUCCAGCUAAAGACGAGCGUCCACAAGGUUUCAAGAAAGACAAGGCCAGCGACCGAGGAAGCGGCAAAAAUUCGCCUCAUCCUGUCGAUCAGAGUACGUACAGUGAUGACUACAGAUUUGACCACGGAUUUCGAGAGAGUCACCGUGGGCCAGUGAACAUUAGUGAGCGAGAUCGCUUUGGCAGCGACGAUCCGGACUCGUCUCGUAAACCUUAUCCAAGCGAGUUGCCCAGCGAUGCGCGUGUAGCAUAUUCUCCGCAAGUCCCACGGAGCACAUACUUCCAGCCGCAACCCAGAGAUGACCACGGAAUCUCCCCCACUGCUUCUCUGGACCACAGAACCAGCCGUGGACGUUAUCGUGCAUCUGAAGCAGGUGCUGUCAUUGAACGGGACCAACGCCGCUCGGAAAGCCGUGGUUAUUCAUUGCGCGAACCUUCGCCAAACUACCUUCGAAGGCAAAGAAGCUACGAUGCUCGCUUGAGGUGUGAGGGUACAGAUUCUGGGUCUAGCCUGCCGCGCCGCCGACGUGCGCGCAGUGCAGCUCCUCAGGACCGCAGUUCAUUCCGACGCCAUGCCCGCAGCCGCAGCAGAACCUACGGCCAAGACAAGCGAAGAUCGAGAGACUAUUAUUUGGGCGCUAGCCUUGCCGGCGCGGUUGCGGGAGGACUCAUAGGCCGAUCUUUGGGCAAAGGCGACCUUAUCUCCACAGUCGCAGGGGGUCUUGUUGGUGCGAUAGGUGGAGACAUCAUCGCAGACAAGGAACCAAGAAGAAAUAGGAGUGGAAACUACAGCGAGGACAGGUACCGUGCGAAAAAAAAUUCCGACAAUGCCGACAAAGACUACAGCAACGACUAUGUUUAUAAGGAUCGGUAUUGACUUAUGAACCGGUCGCCUUGCGAGGAAUUGUGGUCAGAUGAACAAGACCAGCUCUGAAAUAAAACAACGGAAGAUGUUGAACACAGCGAUACAGCUGAGGCUUACACGAUAGAUGACGAUACCCAUUCAGACGUGAAUACGCAGGUCCUGUAUAGAAUAGCAUGAAGAAGUGUUACAACACUUUGAUAUUAGUAAUGCUUGAAGGUACCGACUUUUAUUUGCUUAUGCAAGAAACAUAUUUCGCUGGAAUCAUUGGCAGCGGAUGUAACGGCUAGAAGAUCACGCUCAAGCCGCUUUCCUUCCUUCAUUCUCGACAGUCAAAUGAGUCACUAUGCUUGGGCAAUCCAUUACUGUCCUCUAUGCUUCACAAGCUUCGCGCGAAAAAGCGCGCUUGUUAUCUGCUAAAGCAGAAAAGUUGGC